CCCCUUCUAGGCGCCGCCUGGAUGGCCGCUGCAAUCUUCCUGGAGAUUAGGCGGAGGAUGCAAAGCGGGCUGCUGAUAAUCCGUGCAUCGAAGCCGGAAAGCUGGGCCGUGGAUAUUACAGUGAACCCAUCCUCAGUCGAAAUAAAAAACGGUGAACACUGUAGGACGCUCAGCCUUCCACCAGAGGUCAGGAUUGUUCCUUCCUCCUGUCGAGGACUGCAGUACGUGGCUGGGGAUGGCUUACACUUGAGACUGCUAGUUCAGGCAGCUUUAAAUACAAAAUCAAUUUCAGCUCUGAAUGACAGCCUUAAAUCCAAAAAGAGUUGCACCUUUUACUGCCAAUAUUGUGGCGAGAGCAUAAUAAAAGACCGGACAUUUCUCAGAGUUCUUUCCCUUCCUGGGGAAAACUGGAGUGAUUUGGUAGAGGAAUGGUGCUGCCAUCCCAACCCUUUCAACAGCAGCCUGCUGCACCCUCAAAACAAUGAUUGUUUUCUUGGACACAAUUAUUUCCUAGUGAAUUCAGGGAGUGAGUCAACUGUGUCAUCACCUGAACUACUUCAUUCACAGUCUCAAGGUGCAGUUUCUGGAAACAGUGGUUCAGUCUUGAAAUCAAAGGCAAAUAGCAGGGUAAUUUGCAAACGCUGCAAGACAUUGUUGGGAGAGGCUCUGUCCACAGGUGUCACAAAAUAUUAUUUCACUGAAUUGCUUGUUCGGCCAUCUGAAGAGCAUUUUGAGGCAAUACCAAGAUCUCUCUUUGUGCAGAGCAUUAUAGCCCAGUGCCUUGUAGAGCUUUCUUCAGCCAGAAGUACAUUUAGGUUCAGCAUACAAGGGACUGAGGGCACAGUCUACAUCUUGGUAUGGCUAUUGAAUUCUGACACAUUAUUGGCGGAAUCGUCUGGAAACUCAGCCUCCAGUAAUGGUUUCACCUUCUUUGAACAUGGUGUGGCAUCUAAUUCAGAGCCUUCACAGAUUGGGAAUGCCAUCAAAGUUCUUUACCAUCCCUGCCUUAAAAGAAAAAAUAAGGACCUUGUUGACGCAUGGGGAAAUGACUUUGGAGUACAUCCCCUGACAUUUCCAUCCAAAACCUGUAUGGAACUGCUACUGAUACUGGCUCAGAGUAACACUGCUCUGCCACCUUCCCUUCGCUGCAUGAACUCUUUUGAGGUUGCGUUUUUGAAGACGUAAAGAACUCUGGCCUGACUUUUU